AUGACUACUUUUCUGCAUAAGUUAUGGGACGAAACGCUUGCUGGCCCUACGCCAGACACCGGCCUCGGAAAGCUUCGCAAGUAUGACCCUGUUUCGGCCUCGGAAUCGCCUCCGGUUAAGAUUUCCGGUGACAUUCCUGUAACUCGGAGCAUCACCAUUCUCACGAGGGGCAACUCCGGUUUCAGGAACUUCUUGGAUGAUCGUAAUGGAAGGAUGAUCGAUUCUGGAAUAACCUCGCCGCGGACGCCUCUAACUCCGGGGACGCCUGAAUGUGAUCUGAAGAGAUUCCCAUGGAAAAGAUCGUCGGCUGAAUCAUUGGAACAAGACGAUUAG